AACCACAAAAAUUCUAUUAUUUUCCACAAACCAACCAAGAGAUAAGCAGCCAUGGCCUCAGGGAGCAGAGCAUCUUUGAUUGUGGCAGCGAGCAUCAGCGCGGUGGAAGCGUUAAAGGAUCAAAGCGGCCUUUGCAGAUGGAACUAUGCGAUCAGGUCUGUGCAGCAAAAGGCCAGAAAAGAGAUGGGUUCUCUUUCACAGGCAACAAAAGCCCCUUCUUCUUCUUCUUCCAUGAUGGCUGGAAGCAUUGUAGUAAGCACCAGAGGAGAGCAAGUUAAGAGAGCAGAGGAAUCCUUUAGAAACGUCAUGUUCUUGAGCUGCUGGGGUCCAAAUUAGGAUGUAUUACAAGGAUCGAUCACGAGAAAUUGUAUAGAAUCCAAUUAUCAUCAAUAAAUGGAGAUUUUGGUAUUUUUUUUAGACUUUGGUGUACUUAUUAUGUUAAAUAAAACUAUGUAUCUCAUCUCUGAUGAAAA